AUGCCUUUCAUGCCAUACCUCAGUAAGCAAAGCCCCGGCUCAAAGAAGGGCGACAUCCGCAAACGCAAGCGCACCAACUCUGUUUCGUCUGCAGAAGAUUGCACUGACUUCCUCAUAGCUGGUCUUGCAGCUGGUUCCGCCCUCCUUGCAGCUGGUUCUGCGCCUGCCACUGAGUCUGAGUCCGCCGCUGAGUCCGCCACUGAGUCCGCCGCUGAGUCCGCCGCUGAGUCCGCCGCUGAGUCCAUUGCUGAGUCUGUUGCUAAGCCCGAAUCCUCCCCUCAGCCUAAGCCCUCCGAACACGCCUCUCCUCCUCCCACCGAUACUGCAGCUGCAAUGCAGCCCGCACCUGAUGACCUGCUGAAUUACACUCCUGGGGCCCCCCCAGCGUCUGGGCCAAAUUUGCAAUGGACCUUAAGUGCCCGCUGCAGCCUCCGCUCCCCUGCGCCUGCUAAAGCUGCUGUAAAGAAGACCACCACUGCUGCCACUGCAGCUGCACCUACAGAGACUCCAGUUACACCUGCGGAGACUCCAGUUGCAGGCCCAGCAAUGACCCCACCCCCAAACCGAAGCUGCUGCUGCCAACCAGGGCCAGAAGCGGGCUGA